CCCCGGACCCUGCAUUCACUAUAUCUGGUCACCCCGGACCCUGCAUUCACUAUAUCGGGUCUCCCCGGACCCUGUAUUCACUAUAUCUGGUCUCCCCGGACCCUGCAUUCACUAUAUCUGCUCUCCCCGGACCCUGCAUUCACUAUAUCUGGUCUCCCAGGACCCUGCAUUCACUAUAUCUGGUCUCCCCGGACCCUGGAUUCACUAAAUCAGGUCUCCCAGGACCCUGCAUUCACUAUAUCUGGUCUCCCUGGACCCUGCAUUCAGUAUAUCUGGUCUCCCCGGACCCUGCAUUCACUAUAUCUGGUCUCCCCGGACCCUGCAUUCACUAUAUCUAGUCUCCCACAGUACACACAGCAUUAAAUUGCAAUUAUUUUAGUAAAUAUAAACUGCUUAAUACUU